AUGUCUGCGCCCAUAGAAAACACAUUCAUUCGUGAAUUAGAAAUGAAAAAUGGCCAAAUCCUUAAAAUACAUCAGUUAGAAGUGGGUGAUGUUGGUUGUGUAGUUUGGGAUGCGGCGCUAGUGCUGUGUAAAUACCUCGAAACUGCCGACUUCGACGGUGGAAAUUCAUGGCGCGGAUUAGAUGUUGUGGAUGUGGGAGCCGGCACAGGUGUACUUGGUGUGUACGCUGCAGUUUACGGAGCUGAUGUAACUGUCACAGAUUUACCAGAGUUCCUGCCACUGAUGAAUCUGAACAUCAACACCAACAAACAUCACAUAACAGGGACUGCUGUAGCCCAGUCCUUACAGUGGGGAGAAGAGUCACUGGAACGGACUGUUGACUAUGUUCUCAUGGCAGACUGUAUCUACUAUGAAAAAUCUCUUGGUCCAUUAGUGGAAACUGUCUGUUCUCUCUGUUCAGACAAAACAGUUGUGUUAUGUUGUUAUGAGCAGAGAACCACAGGGAAUAAACCCGAACUGGAGCGCAAGUUCUUAGAGCUGAUGUUGGAAGCAUUUGAUGUCGAAGACAUUCCUUUAGAGAGACAAGAUUCCCUUUUCCGUAGUGAUGAUAUCCUUAUCAAACGGUUUCAGAAAAAAAAGUCACAUACAGAAACAUGAUGAACGUAUGUUUUAGA